CUCAGUUCACUCGUUAUGGCUUCAUGUCUAAAGCCAUCACCUAACUUUCACCGUACCUUUAUCCCUAUCUCUUUUUCUUCCUCCUCCGUUAUCUUAUCUUCUCCGUUGUACCAAACAACGUCGCUCCGCGUUCGUUUUUGCGCGCUGACGACCGGCCCCGACGUCGGGAGAACCGCGAGCCAGGAAUCUUCCGGCGCUGAUUUGUUAAGGAAGCCGAGUAUAGUUCCAGAUGAGGACAGUGGCGGACUUUCAGAAGAAGAGGAUGGUAGUAAGGAAAAAGGAAAUAAAGGUGAAUGGAUUGAUUGGGAAGACAGGAUUUUACAGGACACUGUUCCUCUCGUUGGUUUCGUUAGAAUGAUUCUUCAUUCUGGAAAAUAUGGAAGUGGAGAUAGAUUGAGUCCAGAGCACGAAAAGACUAUUCUGGAGAGGUUGCUUCCUUACCAUCCAGAGUCUGAGAAGAAAAUCGGAUGUGGAAUUGAUUACAUUACUGUUGGUUACCAUCUUGAAUUUGUAGGCUCAAGAUGUUUGUUCAUAGUUCGAAAAGAUGGUGAACUAGUUGAUUUUUCUUACUGGAAAUGCAUCAAGGGCCUCAUCAGAAAAAACUAUCCCCUAUAUGCAGAUAGCUUCAUUCUCAGAAAUUUCCAACGGCCUAGACGGAGUUCAUGAGGGUAAUACUCUGAACUUGUCUACCACUUCAUAUUAGUAUGUUUAAGGAUCUUCCGAAUUUUGUUGUAUUUUUUUUUUGUAAUUUUUCAUAUUUAUGAGCUCAAAUAACAUUUUAAAAAUGAAAAGCCAUCACUGAAAAUUCUUAAAUGCUUAUAAUAGAUUCUAAAAAAUCAUAUUCCCAAAAGAUUUCAAUGAGUUUUGCUGAAUGGCUUGACAUGUAACUGGUAUAAGGUUUAAUGUGCAUAUAUCAGUAAUUCUUGGUACCUCUCUCAAGGAAUAGGAUUUCACUAUUUUUCUGUGUUUGCUUCA